AGAAAGAGGAGGAGGAGGAGGAGGAGGAGGGGAGGGAGCGGGCCAUGGCAGCGGUGCGGGCGGCGUCGGCCGGGCUGGAGGCGGCGAUCUGGCUGGGGAUGCCCAAAGGGAGCUGCUGCCGGCACUCGCCCCCGGGGGCGCCUCGGUAGCCCGGGCUGGGGCCAAAAGGAGGCGACGAAGAGGAGGAGGAGGAGGUGGAGGAGGAGGAGGAUGCCGGGCAAGAAGCCCCCCGAAGGGGACCCGCCGGGCCCCGAAGCCAAGCGCCCGGGCGGUGCCUGGUGCUUCACCAACAUCCAGAUCUUCCUGGUCUCGGAAUGCGCCUUGAUGCUGGCCCAAGGCACGGUGGGAGCUUACCUGGUGAGCGUCCUGACCACCUUGGAGCGACGGUUCAACCUCCAGAGUGCCGACGUGGGCGUCAUUGCCAGCAGCUUCGAGAUUGGGAACCUGGCCCUCAUCCUCUUUGUGAGCUACUUUGGCGCCCGGGGUCACAGGCCGCGCCUGAUCGGAUGCGGAGGGAUCGUGAUGGCGCUGGGGGCCCUCCUUUCCGCACUGCCCGAGUUCCUUACCCACCAGUAUGAGUAUGAGUCUGGGGAGAUCCGUUGGGGAGCUGAAGGCAGGGACGUGUGUGUGGUCAAUGGGUCCGCCCGCGAAGAGGGACCGGACCCGGAUCUUAUCUGCAGGAACCGGACUGCCACCAACAUGAUGUAUUUGCUUCUCAUCGGAGCACAAGUUCUCCUCGGCAUUGGGGCUACACCCGUACAACCUUUGGGAGUUUCCUACAUUGAUGACCAUGUGAGACGGAAAGAUUCCUCCCUGUAUAUAGGGAUCUUGUUUACAAUGCUGGUGUUUGGGCCAGCCUGUGGAUUUAUCUUGGGCUCAUUCUGUACCAAAAUCUAUGUGGAUGCCAUCUUCAUUGACACAAGUAAGCUGGACAUCACCCCCGAUGACCCAAGGUGGAUUGGCGCAUGGUGGGCAGGCUUCUUGCUCUGUGGUGCCUUACUUUUCUUUUCGUCUCUCCCGAUGUUUGGAUUCCCACAGUCCCUGACCCACCAGCCAGAGCAGACGACAGAGGCUGAGCAGGCCAUGCUUCCCGAGCGGGACUACGAGAGGCUGCCAAAGCCCAGCAACGGGGUCCUCCCGGGAAACAAUGUCACCGUGGAAGCGGGAGAGGGCGCCUCCUGCCUCCAGCAGCUGAGAGUGAUCCCUAAAGUAACUAAGCACUUGCUCUCCAACCCGGUCUUCACCUGCAUCGUCCUGGCCGCUUGCAUGGAGAUAGCGGUGGUCGCCGGCUUUGCGGCCUUCCUGGGGAAGUACCUGGAGCAGCAGUUCAAUCUCACAACGUCUUCAGCCAACCAGCUAUUGGGCAUGACUGCAAUUCCCUGUGCCUGCCUGGGCAUUUUUCUGGGAGGCCUCUUGGUUAAGAAGCUGAGCCUCUCUGCUCUUGGGGCCACGCGCAUGGCCAUGAUGGUCAACCUGGUGUCCACGGCGUGCUAUGUCUCUUUCCUCUUCCUGGGCUGUGACACGGGCCCUGUGGCAGGCGUUACUGUUCCCUAUGGAAACAAAUCAGUACUGUCAUCCAACCUGGCCCCGUAUUCUGCCUGCAAUAACAACUGUAAAUGCCAAACGGAUUCCUUCACUCCGGUCUGUGGGGCGGACGGGGUCACAUACUUAUCGGCCUGCUUUGCUGGAUGCACAAGCACGAAUCUCACUGGCUGCGCAUGCCUCAGUUCGGCCCCAGCCGAGAAUGCCACGGUCGUUCCCGGGAAGUGCCCCAGCCCUGGAUGCCAAGAAGCCUUCCUGACAUUCCUUUGCGUGAUGUGUGUCUGCAGCAUGAUUGGAGCCAUGGCCCAGACGCCCUCCGUCAUCAUUCUCAUCAGAACAGUGAGCCCAGAGCUGAAGUCUUACGCAUUGGGAGUACUCUUCCUCCUUCUCCGAUUGUUAGGUUUUAUCCCCCCUCCUCUCAUCUUUGGAGCCGGGAUUGACUCCACUUGCCUGUUUUGGAGCACGUUCUGCGGAGAGCAAGGCGCGUGCGCCCUGUACGACAACGUCGUGUACCGGUACUUGUACGUCAGCAUUGCCAUUACCCUGAAGUCCUUGGCCUUCAUCUUGUACACCACCACCUGGCAGUGCUUGAGGAAGAACUAUAAGAAGUACAUCAAGAACCACGAAGGCGGCCUCAGCACCAGCGAGUUCUUUGCCUCCACCUUGACCCUGGACAACCUGGGACGGGACCCCAUUGGCUCCAGCCCGGCCCAUAGGACAAAAUUUAUCUACAACCUUGAAGACCACGAAUGGUGCGAAAACAUGGAGUCUGUUUUGUAGUGACUGCAAAGGCGGGUGGCUAACCCAAAGGUUCUUUUUAAAACAGAUAUAUUAUAUAUAUAUAUACGAAAGAGAGAGAAAUGUAAUAUAUAUAUACAUACACACGGACAUUUUGGAAAGUACAAGCAAAACAACAGACACAACUGUUUCGCAGAAACGACCAAUUUUUUUCCCUUUGCUAGGGAUCUAGCUAGCAGAUCUAGCAAGAUUUGAAAGAUGUAUAUCAUUGUUUGGAGACCUGGCAUGAGAAAUAGAGGUCCAACAUGUGCCAGAUGGGUUAGCCAGCAUCGUAGAGAGAUGGGCAAAGCUGCCCAUCUUGGGAUCCAGCAUGGGCUUAAGGAGUGGAGCGGCUGUCUCUCUCUCCUUGGAUCUAAAGGCAAAACCACCCAAAGGCAAAGAGAAGGAGCAAAAGGAAGCCACAGAGUGGUUUCCCCAACAAGGUCUCUUUCGGCACUAUUGGGUGUAGCCUUUGCAAUACGAGCUCAAAGGAUGUAAACAUGGGUGCUAUUCAGUCCCAGCAUUUUUCAGUCUCCUCUCUACCAUAUCAAAGGGGUGACCUUGGGGAAGGGGGAAAUCCUUCAGCCAAUUCAACCGUAUCAUCACCAGCUCAAUGCCAGAAGAUGAAGCUAAGCAGCUCCAUCACAUUACUGCUCUUAAAGCACCAGCAUCCGUUCCAUUUUUGGUAUAGAAACUGGGAGUGGGAUGUACCUGACUAUGCCAGGAAGAUAGGGAGGGGAGUAUUGGAUGAUCUUUGCACCCAUAUUUCUGCAAAACUUUUGAAAUGUAGUAGAAAUGAAGCGGGUCUAAGACAAAGAGAGAUGUAGGACUUUCAGAAGUGGAAGAGAGGUGGUCGAAACAUCAGCCUUCUUAACUAAUGUAAGCUUUUGUAUACUUUGGAAAGAAAACCUAGAUUCUCAGUAUAGUUUGGACCAGGGAAAUGUUGGGAUGGGGAAGAGAAGGGCACCUAUUCCCAAAGCAAAUGUUCAACUUUUUAUUAUAUAUUUAUGUUUUUAUGGUUGGGUGAGGGCAUGCAGUGAGACAUGAAUGCAUACAUGUGCAUUGGGAUGGGAAGGAUCGUAUUGGAUGCAGCAUUCCAGUUUGCGGGGACAUUGGACAAUGUCCAUCCCUCUUCCCAGGUGGCCAUUUUGGCCAUCCUUUUUCGUUUGGAAAUGAAAUCUUA